UUGCAUUGUGGCACAGUUAAACUACAACUGCAGGGAUUAAAUAGAAGCACAUGAUGAUUCAACCCCGUGAUUUCUCAGAGUCGGCUCAUUUACCCAAUCAUUUCCUCUCCUUUUUUGUCUUUUUCUUUUUCUCCUUAUACCGCAGCCCGCUUCUUUAUUUCUCUCUCCAACUCUCUCCCCCAGUGCGUAAUGGCUUCCCCCCGGCUGGAGACUUUCUGCUGCCCGAACCGGGACGCAGCGACAGAGUUUGUGGUCACCUUCCAGCCCGUCUUGUUCGGGGCUUUAGGUCUUGGAAGCGCGACUCUGAGUCUCAUCUUUGCUGUUUUACAAAUUCUGCCAAAACGCAAGGGAUACAGAAGACUCGGACAGUACCCGCUGCCAAGGCCCGCGUCCUCCUCACGGAUAUUGUUCAUCAUCAGUAUAUGUGACAUACUGGGAUGCACAGGUAUCAUUGUAAGGUCAUCUUUUUGGCUGGGCCUGCCCAACAUCAUUGACCGCGUCUCAGUGGCCAACAGCACAGAAUCCUGGCCAGAGGUCUUCUGUGUUGGCAGUGCAAUGUGGAUCCAGUUGUUUUUCAGCGCUUCUUUUUGGUGGACGUUUUGUUAUGCUGUUGACGUCUUCCUGGUGGUUAAAACAUCUGCAGGAAUCAGCACCAUUAUCCUCUACCACAUGAUUACGUGGGGCCUGGCUGUGCUGUUGUGUGUUGAAGGAGUGGCCAUGCUCUAUUACCCCUCCAUCUCUGAUUGUGAGCAAGGACUCCAGCAUGCCAUCCCCCACUAUGUCACCACAUACGCACCGAUGCUGCUCGUCCUCGUAGCCAAUCCCGUCUUCUUCAAUCGGACCGUAUCUGCAGUGACAUCUUUGCUAAAAGGACGACAAGGAAUCUACACCGAAAAUGAGAGACGGCUGGCCAAUGAGAUAAAAAUACGCUUCUUUAAAAUAAUGCUGGUGUUCUUUAUUUGCUGGGUUCCCAACAUCAUCAAUGAGAGCCUCCUCUUCUACCUGGAGAUGCAGACAGACAUCAAUGACAACGGUUUCAGGAAUAUCAGAAAUGCUUCCCUCAUCACGUGGUUUAUCAUGGGUAUACUGAACCCCAUGCAAGCUUUCCUCAACACCCUGGCCUUUCACGGCUGGACCGGGUUCGAUGUUGACUUCAGACUGCAGCGGAGCAGAGAGCUGGCCUGGGACUCAGCUUCUACUUCAGUGCCUAACGCAGCAGGCCAUACCACAGUGGGUGCGACUCUGCUCUACCAGAGUCAUGUCCAGGAAGCCAAGAAGAACAUGAUGAGCAACGGACAGCACCACUCGGACGCCAUCAGCGUCUUAUCAGAAGGUAAUUGGGCAGUAUCAGACAGUAACAACUCACCUGUAUAUCAGGGCUGGUAAAGCUCUAACGCAUCAGCAUCCUGUGUGGCGCAUGGUGUCUCCUGAUUGCUGGAUUGCCUCCUCUUAAUAUGCAAUAUGUAUUUUCUUUGGAUGACAUCAUCAUGGCAUAUCCUCCACUGAGGAAUCUGCUCCAUGGUAAUUAAAUUAAAUUCAAUGCCAAAGCUCUGGAGACAUUGACUAGGACACUCGUCUCCUGGGUCACAAUUGAAAAUGAACACUGUUUUGACCCAUUUGUAGUUUGUUUGCUUUUUUUAUAUAUUUUUUCAUAUUCCUAAUGGAUGCACUAAUGAAGCAUGUAGUGUUAGAAACACCCUGCAGAAUUGUCUAUUUUGAUCUUGGGUGUACUGAUUAUUAUGGUAGCAUAAAAUUACAUUUUCUGUUAAUAAUUAACUGACAAAAACAGGUUAUGCUACACUUUUUGCAUUGGUUUGUUCCACCGUGGCAGGGCAUGCUUUUUUUAAUGUGCAACGUAUUAAGUGCAAAUUCUGACCUUCUCAUAGGUGCUGUUAUGCCAAGUUAUCAAACAGAGCUUCAGGUGUCAUUAUUGACAUGCAUAAAAUGACAUGCAGAGAGCAUUGGCAAAUCGGUUGAAUUUUAAGAUGAAGCAGGUAAAAUAGACUCAGUUUGCCAUGUUUUGGGCAUGCCUAGCCAAACCUAAUACAGUUAGGAGCCCUGUAAUACAACUUCAUAAAAGUUAUAAUCAGUUUGUUGAAGCUGUAAGAAAUUAACUUUAUAGGAUAAAGGCUGAAGUUUGUGCUGUUGAAUUGUAUUUUAUAAUACUGAGAGGUGAGUUUACCCUCAUUGAUAUAAAUGUGGGGAACAGCCAACACUAUGACCUAUAAAGGUAGGAGUGUAUAAGACUACUUUAGAUUUAGCCUGGUGUACCUAAUAAACUAGCAACUGAGUGUAGAUUGAACACUGAUGUGCGUUUACUGGAUAAAAAUAUCAAUAUUUAUACUCUCAUUCUAGUAACACUGAUUGAUGUGAGGCCUUUUUCAUGUCACAGGCAGGGAAGACAGCUACGGGUGUAAAUUGUUAAAUAAUGGCUGAAUUCCAUUUAGCUGCUUCAGUUUCAGGGUCCUGGUAUUGUGAAUGCUGGCUCACUGCAACACAUGAAUACAACAGAGACGUAUCAGUAACACCCGCACUUUUCCUACUAUGACAUGUAAAAAAUGUCUGCUGUAAAAAAAAGCCUGUAAGAUACUAUUUAAUGUAUUUUGGGAUGAUUUUGUAAAGCAUUUUAUACCAUUUUUUGUGCACAUGUACAAAGGCUAUUCAAUGUUUUCGUGUCACCAUUCAGUGUCUCUGAAAUGACAAGUCUUCAGAAAUAAAGUUAAUCUUUUAAAGGA